AGAGAGGAGAGAAGCAGAGUGGAGGAGAAGGAGUGUCUAAAAGUCUCAAACAGGUUUACAGUUCCCUGUGAGCAAGUUUCCAAGCAGACCGACCAUUUGCAUGUCAAAACAGGAACUAACACCCUCAGCCAGCUCACUGCUUAUCAUGUUCAGACACCUCCUUGCCUCUGUGGCUUCCAGCUGGGGGACAGUAACCUCCUCAAGUAUUGAAUACAAUUACUAUGCAGAUGCCUGCACAUAAACCUCAUUGGGAUAUGUUUGGGAGCAGUCAACAGGAUUUUCACACUUCAAAUAUCCAAGGAAGGAUGACUGAAACAAUGGACUCAGCUCAAUUUUCUUCGCUGUCAUCCUUAAGGGGAGAGCAUGCAUCAGGGGAUUAUAUGCAAGCCCACUACAAGGAGUCAUAUCGUCUUGCCAUUGAUUGCCUGCUGAGUGGGGGCAGAGACAGUUACACAGAGUUCCUUAAGGAAGAACGCAUUGGAAGCUUCCUGUCUGAGGAGGAGCUUGACUUCAUUAUGUCAAACGCCAAAGAGCUUCCACCUCAGACGCAUGUAGAGGAAAUCAGUAGCUCGACGGGCGCCAAUUCAUCGUCUGGGACCUAUUGGCCUGUCCACUCGGAUGUGGAUGCUCCCGCUUUGGAACUGGGAUGGCCUGAGGUCAUGCAUGAAAAUCGGCAGACCAAUAUAGAUCUCCUCUAUCAUCCCCCAAGACAAAACAGUCCCACCAUUAAAGAAGUGAUUCUAAAACACAUCCGGGAUGCAAGACAGGUCAUCGCCAUUGUGAUGGAUAUGUUCACUGAUGUUGAUAUACUGAAAGAAACUGUCGACGCCUCCAUUCGGGGAGUUCCUGUCUACGUGCUUUUGGAUGAUUUCCACUUGAAACAUUUCUUCACAGCGGCUGAGAAUCAAGAUGUAAAACUUAAACAACUCCGGAACAUGAGGGUACGCACUGUGAAAGGUGAAGAUUAUCUGUGUCGGUCAGGGACUAAAUUUCAUGGAGCAAUGGAACAGAAAUUUAUCUUGUUCGACUGUCAUACAGUGAUUUAUGGCUCCUACAGAUUCACUUGGUCAUGUGCAAAGAUCAGUUUGAGCAUGGUGCAGGUUAUCACAGGCCAUCUGGUGAGGACUUACGAUGAGGAGUUUAGAACGCUGUACGCGAGGUCGACUGUGCCAGCCGAGCUGUGCCAACCAGAUCAUUCUCUCCUGUCUAGUGGACACAACACAACACUGCUUGGUUGGCCAAAAUAUUCUCCUCAUUCCACACAAAUGAUUGAUCGACGUGACCAGUUAAGGCACACGUUGGACUCUGUCUAUCGGAAGACCUGUGAGAGGAAUCAGUACGCAAGAGACUGCAACGAUAAUCACUUUUUGCCCUUGAUUGAACAUGACAUUGGUUUGCAGAACCACAUGUCCAAAUUUCAGUCUUCAGAGUCAAUUAACUACUUAAAAAGGCACAGCUAUGCUGGGGAAAAACAUGAUGGACAUCUCCCACAGAAUGUCAGAGCCAGAGCAAGCAACUGGAAUAUUUGCCGGGAAACAGGAGUCAGGAAAAACAAUUACCUAAUGGAUAAUAAUUAUUUAGUGCCACAGAUGUACAGGAGUCAAAAGCUUCGCCAAUCAUACAAUGGCAAUGACAAACAAAUUCUUUCCAUGCAGCAAAACAUCCCAACGCUGGAAAAAACAUCCAAGUCAUUCAUGCGUACAUUGAGGAUCGAGUCAUACCUCCAAAACCCUGACAUGCCAUCUGGCGAGCCGUCUGACUACUUGGACCAGUUUGAGCCACCUAACAGCUUCAUGCAGGGAAGAAUGAGAUCUUCUCUUGUUCUUCGGUCCGCCAUAACAGAGCAAAUCGAGGCAAACUCACACAUAAACAACACACCCUCUGUUGGUAGCCGCUCAGCACUUCACAACCCUUUGCGUUAUUCCUCAAUGCAGUGGAAACCAACAGUACCACCAGAGAGCAACAGACUAAACAAUGAAGAAUUCAUGUUAAAGAGGAAAAGCCUGCAGACUUUGGAUGAUUACAGCAGUGGGAAAAACUCAUACCCAUCUGCAUAUGCCAGCUUAGGUAGAGUCACACGAGGGCAUAUCAUUUCAAACCCUGACAUGCUUAAUGACAGUUGGUACAAAAGGCACAGUGUGGCAGAUCCAAGAUCCAACACUGCCUACACACAGGACUCCUCAGGUGCUAUUUACGGAGCUUUUGCUAGGAUGCAAUUAGAAAGAGGCUCUGCAGCAAUCAACAUGAAGCAUAGUGGAUAUGGGUCAAAUCUCAAUGAGGAUCAGCGAUCUGUCUCUCAUUAUGAUGUCAAGAGAAUGACAGAGACAAAUAGCCCCUGCACUUCAAUUUGGCAGGAGACUCCUUCUAGAACGUUGUCUGCUGCAAGCCUGGGCGUAGACAGCAUGGAUUUGACGACUACAUCGAACAGAAUGGGCUCUCAUAAUUUUCUGAAGAAGAGUACCAAGAAGAUAAAGUCAUUCUUGAACAUACCAGACAAGAAGGAAGAUCGAGUCAGAGGUGUCGAAACGCCAAGUGUGACGUCAGAUGACAGCACAGACACUAUUAAAGCUGAGGAUGAGAGUGGGGUAAAACAUCACCAUAGCAACUCAACCCAAGGCCAUGAUCAGAACCACAUGGCUGAUGUAAAGUAUUCCAAACCAAGAUUCAGAACUGAGGACCACCGACACACAUCUCAGAUUUCUUCUUCUGAAACAACAUCGCCAAGUAAGCUUGACAUUGGCGACAAAAAGGCAAGCCCCGACAUUGACAUACCGGGCUGGAGUAAAGACCGAAAAGCUGACCAUCGCCUUUACAGCAGAUUUGAGCCUUUUUGUUCAAUUCAAAAGAAACAAUCUUCAUACUCUCCAUACAACUCUAUGGAGAAACCCAAAAACCCACCUACCGACCACAACCUUGCCCGACUAGGGAGGGGCCACCAUGAAAAUAAGCUUGAGAAAUUCUUUCAUAGAGUGGGCAACCUCAUUCACAAGACUAAGUAGUAUUACACAUUUAUGUAGUUAGCUGGUCACCUUUCCUCAACAUGCUAAAUCUAGACUCUUGAUUCCUUUGCCUGAGUAGGGUGCCAUCUGACAUUUGACAAUACCGAGACUAUUUUCAUAAGUGUGAAAGUAAACAAUGGAAUUUUAUAUUCUUUGUUGUCGAGGUUGUUUUUGUUUUAUUAUUAUUAUAUUUAUUUCUUUUUACUUUCACACAUUUUAGAUCGGUUUGCAUGGUGAAAAGACACAUGCAUGCUGUGGGGAUCUUCUCCUCUUGUCUCUGUGUUUGCUGUUCCGGAGUCUGCGGGGGUGGGACUAUUUUUUACUCCUUCCUGAUCUCGGGUGUGGGGAGAACCACUGGGGUGACCUCCUGGGGACUAAUGGUGGUGUGAUGGUGACUCGCCCAUGUUCCGUGGGUGCUGGUGCGGUGCCGGCAGGCAUCCGCCUGGGUCCACGGCUCUGGCUACUGGUGGGGGCGGUGGGGCCCCUUUGUCGCUCCUCGGGCCUGCUUCCUCCUCUUCUCUCCAUUCCUUGCGUCCCGCUGCAGUCGCCUCUUCAUCUUCCCGUGGGGGAGCCGGGCGGUCCCCUGCGGGCUGUGGGGCCUGCUAUGGGGUUCUUUUCCUUGCCUGAUUUGGUGGGGGGGUCCACCUCCCACGCUCAAGGGCAGGUAGUGGGUGCUGGCGGGUUGUGUGGGGGGUGGAGGGUGUGCCGGGGUUGGUGCUGCGGGUCUGGUUGGGAUGGCCCUCUUCGUCGGUGGUUGUUGGGCCUAAUGACCCGCGGGAGCCAUGCCUUUUAAUCACUCACUUAGCACAUAUUCACACCAUUCACUGUAUAUAUUUCUCACUAAUCACAUCUGGGCACAUACACAUAUCAAAGGGUUCCUGGGGGACUGGUAUGGGAUCGGGAGGGUGUGGGUGUCGGCUUGGGUUUCAGUACGUCUGUGCUGUUUCCUGGUCUGUGCGCCCUGUCCCUCCGCCCUGCCUGUCCCCCUGGAUUUUAAAUGCAUCACACACACUCCCCAUGUUUUAAUGCACCACAUACACCUAUCUCUGGGGGGGGGGGGGGGGGGGGGUGUUUGGCUGUUAGGCAGUAGUGCCUGGCAGCCCUGCACCCACCCCCUCGGCUCACUGACCUCUCCAGAUUUUAAUGCACCACACCACUCGGGGGAGGGGGGCGGGGGCACUGAUACACGAGGUAGGCCCAAUGACUGCUAGUCGGGGACCUGGCAGUCAUAGUAACAGGGGGGGAAGUGGGUCUCACUUACUUGCAUGGCGGUGCACCUGAGGCCGGGCCCCCCGUGCUGGAUGACUGGGGCUGACCUCUCAUGGCCCGGGGCUGCUCCCUGUAUUUCGGUAGAGAACGCCCUACUUCUUCUAGGAAAAGAAGUGUGUGACUUCAGUGUGGCGGCAUUAUUAUGAGUCCCAUUGACCAUAACCCACUCUAACCCUAACCCAUCUCACCUACCCUAAACCCAACAAUAGCCCAAAACCUAACCAUAACCCACUUGAUUGUUUUUAUUUUGUACAAAUGUGGCACAUAUUUGGAAUGGUCAUCUCUUUACGUCUGCCAAGCCUGCUGUUCCACGAUGCAGGAGCCAAUCAUACUGCAGUAGGGUGUCUUCUGCCUAGAAUAGAAGGAGUCCUAAUAAUGCAGAGUUUGCAUGUUUUCCCAGUGGUUGUGUGGGGUUUCUCUGGGUAGUCCGGUUUCCUCCCGUAUUCCAAAACCAUGCAUGUUACGUUCAUUGAAGUCUCUAAAUUGUGUGGUAAAAAUCUUUAUUUUCAUUGCACUACUUUUCAACAAACAAUAUGUUAAAGUUUUCAGUGUAAAAUGAAUAUUUAAGUAAGAAUAAAUUGUAGAUAAUAAUACAAAAUAAAUGUACACAAAAAAAUUCUACUUUACCAAGGGCUAAGUGGAUAAAUAUGCUUUUACAAAGUGCAAUCACAAAUCAAAACUUAAUGGAAGCAAAUACAGUUAAUGCAUAAAACGCAAGAACAUUAGGCUGCAAGCACAGACCUUUCAUUUAAAAAUCCCCGUCAAUAUAGUGAAUUGUCAAGGACAGUAUAUCUCAGUUGUUCUGCUUGACCGUUGGUCACUCGUGCACGUGCAAUUGCAACGAAGUUGACAGUUGUGAUUUCCCUCUCUAUUUACUUGUGGUGUUCUUUUUACUGCGGUCAGGCCAGCCGAAAAGUGGAAGUCAAGGCAGCCUACAAUUGUUAAUAGUAUCUUACCUUAACACACCGCCUCUCCGCCAACGUGCUGAGAGGGCCAACUUCAAAGUAAAAGCUUCAUAUAUUACUGCAUUGGACAUUAAUGCCAUUUUAAGCUUUUAUUUUGAAUUUGGCCAUGGAGCGCAAUGCCUUAAUGAAGCAUUAAUCAUACAGUACGCCCCCUGGUGGCAAGCUGACUAGGUUGCUGGCACUGCUGUAAAUGAAGCACUUUUCAUAUGCAACAGUGUAGUUAAAUGCAAAAAAAUCGCCGACGAUCAGGCUCAUUUAAUCGUGCCAGCCAAAAUGGCGAUCACGAUUAAAAUUCAAAUAAUUGUGCAGCCCUAAUGCAUACUAUAAUAUAAGAUACCCCCACAAAGAACUGUAAAAUACGAUCAUAUGAUAACACAUUGAAUUUAUUUAUUUAGUAUUGUAUAGGGGCAGCACGGUAGCCGACUGGUUAGCACAUCUGCCUCACAGUUCUGAGGACCGGGGUUCAAAUCGCGGCCUCGCCUGUGUGAAGUUUGCAUGUUCUCCCCGUCCGUGCCUGCGUGGGUUUUCUCCCACAUCCCCAAAAUAUGCGUGGUAGGUUGACUGAAGACUCUACAUUGCCCGUAGGUGUGAAUCCAUCCAUCCAUCCAUUUUCCAAGCCGCUUAUCCUCACAAG